ACGGUCCUUAAAGAUCUUCGGUAGUGAAGCAAUUCGCUUGCACUACUUUUCUUCCGCCGCUCCCCCGUCGGGCGGCGCGCUGCGCGGUGUCGGCCCGGCGGCGGCGCUGGCAUGUAUGUAUCCUUCCGCCAACCGCCAGUGAGCCAGCCGUGCACGUCUCGACCGGCCGGCGGGAGCGGAGCGGAGUGAGCGGGGCUGGUGGAGCUUGAGAUUGUGUUUGCUGUGAAAAUUUACUGUUUAUCCGCUUCUAUUUAUCGACAACAUGUUAGCUUACGUGCACUUCACUGAGGACGGAGUGAGGCAUGUCUGUCCAGUUACAGAUAUUGAGGACUUCUCUCCGAGUCAUGUUGAUGACUUUGUUGAUGAGGGGAAGUAUAGAGUACUGUGGCCUCUUUUGCCGAAGGAUGGAAGUGGUGGUGUUUCAAUGGACUAUUAUGAUGCCAUCAUAGUGAUCCUUGCAGAGAGUUAUGAAGAUAUGCACUACAAAGUUGUGAGAGAUAAGCUGAAAAUGCCACAAAACUUACUCAGUGAGUUGAUGAGAGAGCGUAGAGCAAAGGAAGCGGAAAAGGCCCCCAGGUCCAGAAAGGAUCCUAAGAGCCAGUCCGCAGGCCUAAGUAUCCCUGGUCUUAAUGAUGGAAAGAAACCCAAAGAUAAGGGAAUCCGAACCAAUGAAUCUGCUCACUCUUUGGAAAAAACUGAAAGGCUGAAACCCAAGACUACCAGGCCUUUACGAUCUAGCACUACUAGUUUGAGAGAACCUGCUUCAAGCUCUUCUAAGAUAAUCCGAACAUCACCAAAAAAUGUAAGCCCUGAACCGAUUGAAACUCUUAUUGAGGAUCAGCCAACUCAAGAGAGGACACCUUUAAAAGUUCCUAGUGAUGAUAAAUUUGAGGACAAGAACAUGGGGAAACGUCUAGAGGACCCCCCUCUCAGUGAUAACUUGCACCCUAAUAGUGAUCCUAUAGAUAUACUUCAACAAGAAUGUGGAGAAUGUGUCCAGCUCAGGAGAAAAUUGAAACGGAAACAAAAGGAAAGUGAGGCUAACACUCAGAAAAUCAAUGAGCUGUCACAGAAAGUAAUUGUUCUCCAGGAUCAGCUGCUUGGCUCAGGGAAAAAGGCAGCCAACCCAAAAGCUAAGAGAAUGAGCCCUAGUCAAAAGUUGAAGAAAAAGCAGGCUGAAGCCAGCAAACCGAAGGAUUAUCAGACUUCUCUGGAAUUAGCUCCUAUGAUAAGUGACGCUAUAAAAGGAAAAACUCCCCUCUGUAGCAGUGGUGAUAAAGUUCAUAUUGGAAAUGGAGUAUAUAUUUCCAAAGAAAUUUGGGAAGACAAAUUAGUAUCUAGUAAAGGCACACUAGCAGUAAGAGAUUUAGCUGACGAGGUUUAUGAUCUAGAUGACUUGGCCGCUAGAAGUUUGGAAGGAGGGAAAUGUCCCAACCCUAACUCAGCAGUUACUAGGCAGAAAGUUAAGGCCACGCCUAAAAAAGUAGAAGCAAUCUUAGGUAUCUAUGUCGGAAAGAUGAUGGCGAAGGGCAUCACUGAUGCCGAAUCACUCUCACUUACAAUAAAAAAUGGAAGAGCGACACUUGCCCAAAAGUUUAAGGAAAGCUAUAUCAAGUGGAAUAGUUUAAGAGAGGAAGAUGAGGGCGAUAGUAAGAGCGGAGAGAAGUCUGACGGUGAGAUUCGAGAUGAAGAUGAAAUCUUAACUGAUGACGAUAGGGAAGAAGGAAGAAAGAAGAAAGCCAAGAAGGAUUUAUUUCCCUCCGAUUCUGAAAAUGAACAAUCCUGAUUGACUUACUUGAUAUGACAACUGUAUUGAUUUUGGACUUUGACUCUUAGGACCUGCGUAUUUUAUUUUAUUUUCAAGUUUAAGAAUGUUUGCUUUUAGUAUGAGAAUGUUUAUUUUCUACAACUUUUUGUUUCUUGACUUGUUUCAACUUUCGGUUGUGAGCAUUAUAGUAAUCCAAUUACUUUA